AUGGAUCGAGUCCUGCAGAGUGGCGGCCGCAUCACCGUCCUCUCGGAUAACGCGAGGUACAUGCGGACUCUGGCAAAGACUGUUGCCAGCCUCUCCUCUACUGGCAGGGCCAGCUUCGCCUCCGCCCCUCCAAAGCAGCUGUGGGUAAAUGGGGAGCGUCCAGAGCAUGAGACAGUGGACGGAGUCGACUUGUACCACGGUUGGCCAACUGCAUCCUGUGGACAUGCUGUCAAGGCGAGCUCUUACUUCGACACUCUGUGGGCCAAGGGCAAGCGUGUGGAUCGGUUUUUCCUGGUGCUGCAGAAGUUGCAGCGAGCUGGAGGCGACGGUCAUCCGGCCAUCCUGUGGAUCAGGGUGUUGUGGGAGGAGUUAGCAUGCAGGAACCUUUUCGCUAUUCAGCACAUGGCCCUGAGACUCUUCUUAUGGUUGCAACAUGGGCUGGUGAAAAAAGCAGAGCAGAAGAUGAAAGGUGGCGGCGGUCUUUGGGGCUAUAUCUCCGGUGGUCCCAAGUACGACGAGGCUAUUGAGAUCUAUCAGCAAGCAGCAAACCAGUACAAGAUGGCCAAGAUGUGGCAAGAGGCAGGCAACUGCUUCGUUCAGUGUGCCUUCUGUGCAGAAAAGUCGGGCUCAACGUCCGAUCAGGCCAACUACCUGUCAGAAGCCGGUAACGUCUUGAAAAAAGUCUCCACGCAGCUAGCUGUUGAGCAGCUGGAGCAGGCCGUGAGCAUUUAUAGCGCCGGUGGCCGAUUCCAGCAGGCUGGCAAGUUACUCCUCUCCGUCGCCGAGCUGUACGAGGCGGAGCGACUGCAGCACAAGGAAUGCAAGGCCUUCUACAAGCGCGCUGCCGAGAUGUUUGAGCUUGCGGACCAUUCCGAGUCGAACUUCUCCAAGUGCAACCUCAAGUAUGCGGAGUUUGCUGCCAAGGAUGGCGAGUUGGAGGAGGCCAUUCGAAUAUUUGAGUCCGAGGGUCUUGCGAAAAAGCUCUCGGAAAGCCUCUUCUUCAAUUUGGACGGCGAGAAGCUGGGCAACUUGAUUCCCAGCGGAUCCAUGACUGCAGCUGAAGGCAAGGACGCCAUUGCCGGCAAGUGGAAGAUCCCUGGCGUGGCAGAGCCUGUGGAUUUGAAGGUUUCAGGCUCGUCCAUCAAGUCUGUGCAGACACCUUUCGGGAAUCAGCCUCUUUUGGGCGAGAUGGAGGAGGCACAGAAGAUGCUUGGCUUGCACAUCACACUCGGCGGCUUCCCCAUGAAGGCUUGGCUGAAGAAGGAGGACGGGAAGACUGUGCUGGCAUUUUCCAAUGAUGGCGAUGUGGAUGCUUUUGUGGAGAAGCUGGGUGACUUUGAUGCCGGGAGCCCAGUUGAGCAGAAUCUCCUAGAGCGAGAACCGGGGCACUACUUCGCGCAGUAUCCGAGGCUUGUCAUCUCCCAGCGCUCAGAACUCGAUGCCUUCAACCGACAUUUGCCCAUCACGGCUGGCAAGGCUGUGGUUGCGCUGAAGUCAUCCGCCUGGACCAAAGUCAUGCAGGAGCUGUCCUUGGUGGAAGGAAACCAGCGACGUGACUUCGCGGACAUCGUAUGGCAAAUUGCCGAGCGCCGGGGUUGCAAUGAGUUUGUCGUCAGGUACGAUUGUGGGCAUUCACUUCGAGCAGAAGUCUCUGCGCCUCUACUUCCAAGCACGAAGGACUAUGGCACCCAUGAGACAGAUCGCUCCCGAUAUGUGCAGCACUGCUUACAUGUCCUCACUCGGCAUCCUGCUGAAACGCAGGUGCAGAUUACAGUGCCAGAGGGCCGCUGUCGCCACUGCCAGCGCGGGCAGCGACAGACACUAGUAUGCGGGCCCGUGCAUACCGACCUGAGGGAGCCAGCCGCGCCGGGACUCGUUGCUAAGACAUUGGGCCGCGGUCCUCUGGACGCCCUGACGCAAGCCAAGCGAGUGGAGCUUCCGAUGACGGCGCACGCCUUCCUAACCACCAUUGGGCAGGUCUGCAGGAUGCCUGAGACUGCCAACCUCCACCCGUUGGCAGGCGCGCAGGAAGCCGUCCUGGAAAUGCCCUGGGCUACGAAGCCGAUGAUGCCUAAAGAGGAGAUCCACCAGUGGACCCGCAAGGAGAUCGAGGACGAUGUUGAGUCCAUGCUCCUCAGGUAUAUCUGUUGCUCGGCCAUAUUGCUCUUCGUCUUCUGCUUCGAAAGCUUCUACCACAUGCUGACCAACCUUGCGCCGAACCAGCCGGACGAGGACGGGACCUUCAAGGAAGUCGACUACAUAGGACUGGAGCAACUAACCCCAGAGUUGGUGGUGCUUGGCAACCUCACCACCCUCAGCAGCCUGGAGUUAAGGGUGGCGAACUGCACCUGGAUUAUGUCAACAUUGACUUAUGCGGUGCACAAGGCGCUUGCUCCUGGCGACUCUGACGGCCCUGAUGCGCUUGGGAGCAAUGCCCGGUAUUUUUGGAGUGGCAUUCUCCACCCUGCAUGGGUGGGGAUCCUGCUCGGGUGCACUCCCCUCCUCUUUGUCUUCGAGUUCAUGAUCACCAUGCCUCGCUUUGUGAUGCUGAAUGUCAUGUUUGCGGGCGUUCGCAUUCUCAUCCUACAGCCCGGGCGUUUGCUGAUUGGUCUAGCAAGCAGCUUGCUGCUCUUUCUGACGCGGUCGCUGUUUUCGCCUCCUGCUAUCUUAGUUACUACGGUCCCUACGGCAAAUCCAAUCUUUGGCGCUGCCUUCAUUUGCAUCUCGCUGGCGGCCAUUACAUCGCCUGUUCCUCUUCUCCUGCUCGCGCGAGACCUCUGGAACACAACUGCCAACCUGACAGUGGUCAGGAGACUCCGGCGAGCUGCCGCUGGGAACAAGGCUCUGAACAAAGCCUUGGAGAGACUUCCGUUUGGCCAAUCUUCGCGAUCAAGAGGUACAGGAAGGGCUGGCGCAGCCAAGCAGAAGGAUCCCAAGAGCUCAGACCGUCCAAAUCGAAGCGAUUCCGGCAAAAUGCAG